GUGAUCAACAGGUUUUCUAUGCUCUAACCACAAAUAGAUUCAAUGUAUUAACUAUGAGGACUGUAUGCAUAUGAAAAAAGGAAACCGAGCGGAUGGAAUCACCGUUAAGAGUCUCCCCUCCAGUGCAUGUGGACAAGCGUUAAAAACCACAUUUUUAUUGCCAGUCAUCAUAAAUAAGACAUUUUCCAUGCGAGUGUAACAAGUGCCCCUCAAGUCACGGCUGUGGAACUCCGCCCACUUCAGUCCAGAACUACUUUAGCCUUUGCUUGGCCGUCUUGUCCUGUCCUGCCGAAGCUUCCCUGGAGUUUGGAUGUUUGGAGGUGUUAGCUUGCACUUCUGGAUAUGAACGUGCGUGCUGUGCGUGUCGGUGGCCCGGGCUCCUCCUGCCCGCUUUGACGGGGAAACGGUCGCCAUGGCUCAUUAUCAUUUCCAAGCCCAGCGACCAAGCCUGCCCUCGCCUGCCUCACUCUCCGCCGCGCAGCCUUCCUUCCACCCCGCGCCGUGCGUCACGAACUUGGCGGCGUCCCGUGCGGAGGCUGAGCGCCGGCCGGCGAGCUCCGAGGCGGGGGCGCACGCCGCUCUGAGUCGGCAGCCCCAAGCCACCCCGCUGCGCCCCUCGAGGAACCUGAGCGACGACCCCAAAGUCACGCUGGACUCCAAGGAUUUAUGGAAGGAGUUUCACAAAAUGGGAACGGAGAUGGUUAUCACUAAAUCAGGAAGGAGGAUGUUCCCGGCUUUCAAAGUAAAGGUCAGUGGCCUUGACAAAACAUCCAAGUACAUCCUGCUGAUGGACAUCGUCUCCGUGGAUGACUUCCGAUACAAGUUUCACAACUCCCGCUGGAUCGUGGCUGGGAAAGCCGACCCGGAGAUGCCGAAGCGCAUGUACAUCCAUCCCGACAGUCCAUCCAAGGGGGAGCAGUGGAUGAGCAGAGCCGUCGCCUUCCAUAAACUCAAACUCACCAACAACGUAUCGGAUAAGCACGGAUUCACCAUUCUGAAUUCCAUGCAUAAAUACCAGCCCAGGUUCCACAUCGUGCGAGCCAACGACAUCAUGAAGCUUCCAUACAGCACCUUCCUGACGUACGUCUUCCCAGAGACGGAGUUCAUCGCCGUCACCGCUUACCAAAACGAGAAGAUCACGCAGCUGAAAAUCGACAACAACCCCUUCGCCAAAGGAUUCAGGGACACGGGCAAUGGAAGACGAGAAAAGAGGAACAAUCCUUUCAGCAUAUCCCCGCUGCCGGAGAACAAAACAGAUUCAGACGACUCGUGGGACCAGCCUGGCACCAGUGACCCAUUUUAUUCUCCUCAGCGAUACUGGGCUACCACGUCCAGGCCAAACGGUCAAGAUGAGAACGCUGGAAGCGAUUCAGAUAUUGAGCUGCCAAGGGAGGAUGCGGGUGAAGUCAGCAGUUCUUGGGCUGAGUCUUCAGUCUUCAGUGUGAAGACGGACACAGAGGAUCCAGCGCUCUCGGCGGGCAUGGACCCCUCACGUAGCAAACUCAAAGAUGGCCCGACAGAUCCGCCUCUCAUGUCUACGGAAACACAACGCUCAUGGACACAUCUGCCGACUGUGGCUCGCUCCAGCUGUUUUGAGCUCGGGUCGCCUUUGUUGUUCCACCCAGGACAGUUGUCGCUGAAGACGGGGGCUUUUCACUCCGUGGGACAUCUGCUUUCCUCCUUCUCUGGAUUGAACGACACAGAACACAGAGGCGGGUCUCAAAGCCUCGCCUCCUCAUCUCCAUUCCUGCUUCACCUGGCUCAGGGAAUCUCACUGCCAGCGUUUGGAGGAUUGCUGUCCCACCCAUGGAGCUACGUAGCAUCGCCGGCCGCCAUGACGCCCGCUUCAACAACCUCAGCCUUCUUACGAAACCGCUCCUUUCACAGCACCCUUCCGUGGUUGCGUAUCAGCCCUUAUCAGGUGCCACCGGCUGCUGCCUCAAGCCACGAGCCGCUGACAGCGAGUUCUAGCUCGGCUAAAUCCGGACGCUCCAAAUGGUCCAACCGAGAGUCCGGUCCCGCGUCUGACAAUCAGAGUACUGACCAGGCCGGGAGGCAGCAGACUGACCUGCUCGAUGUCAAAGCUCCCUCUGAGGAACUCAAGGGUGUACGAGACAUUGGACUUGAUCAAUCAGUUCCACCGCUGCUGUAAAUAUUUCUCCAUGUUCAUGCAGAUUUCAGUGACAGCACAAUGUAUGUUAUGUUCAACGCUCACUCACGUCAAAACAGCACGACACUGUUCACUGUAACAGAUAUGUAGCAAUAACUCUUAUUAUGCUACAUGUUUUAGCAUCCUUAAUGCGUGGCUAUCCUGGCAGCCGCACCUCUCUGUUAGGGCGGCAGACGGAGGCACAGUGUAGCGUCCCCACCGCCACGCAGUCUUAUGGCUACCUUAGGACAUCAACAGCAGCGUUCCAUCCAACACGGUGUACUGUACGUAUCAGCAAGUCACCCAACACCACUUCCUCAUCCUCACCACACCACCACGUGGGUCAUUCACUGACACUCCCAGCAUCCCAUGUUCUGCUACUACAGACUGGUGUUGGGCAAACUCAUGCUGAGACGGAGAUGGUGUGUCUUUACCUUAGUUUACAUUCCCAGCUGUUGGUGCAUCCAAAUACAUAAUAACAAAUACUUUCUUCUCAUCAAGUCAAGUCAAAAUUGGCACAUUUCAGACAUACUUGCAACAGGUGAUUAAUCACAGUUCAUUAGUUAAAAAUGUCAUUGUGUGACAACUCCAAUUCAGUUAAACAUAUUUCAGAUAUAUUCAAAUGGUGAUUAAUCACAAUUCAUUUAAAAACUGGGAGAGUGCGUAAACAUUGUAAUCAUUUGACAUCCCGAAUGCAAAUAUGUAGAAUCUUGUCUGGUCAUUUAUCUUUCUGUUUACAAGAUGCAGUCAAUAAUGGACAUAUUUCACACAUUUACAGUUGCACGUGGGGAUUAAUCAUGAUUAAUUCAAUUAAAAACGGAUUCAUAGUAUUCAAGUAGAAAUUAUCAUUCGGCAGUCCUCAGUAGGAUAUACAUAAUCACGUCCUGUUAUUUAGCCUUCUGUUUAAAUAAUACAGUAAAAACUGCAUAUUUUGAAAAUGAUGAUUAAUCAUGGUUAAUUCAUUUAAAAACAGGUUGAUCUGAUUAGAUUAGAAAUUGUGAUCAUUUGGCAGUCCUUAUUCCGAUAUGCAUAAUCAUGUCUUGUUAUUUAUCCUUCUGUUUAAAUAAUGCAGUAUAAGCUGCAUAUUUCAGACAUAUUCGAACAUUUUUAAUUUUUGAAUUUUUAAUUAAUUUGAAAAUAGAUUAAUUUAAAAAUGGAAUCCUAUGACAGCUCAAAUGCAAAUAUUUAUAAUCCUGUCCUGUCAUUUAUCCUUCUGUAAACGAAACAGUGCAAAUGAACAUAUUUCAAAUAGUGAUUAAUCAUGAUUAAUUUAUUUGAAAACCGAUUCAUCUGAUGUGACAUUUUAUAUACAUAUAUAUACAUAUAUAUAUAUAUAUAUAAUGUAUAUAUAUUAUAUUUAUAUGUAUAAUAACUAUAUAUAUAUUGUUAUUAUAUAUAUAAAUAUAAUCUCUAUAUAUAACUAUAUAUAUAUAUAUAUAUAUAUAUAUAUAUAUAUAUAUAUUGUUGUUCUCUACUCCUAACAGCGUUCACUCUUGUGUAAAGACUUUUUUUCCAAGAUUAGUCCUAUCAAUCCUGUGUGAAAAAUGAGGGUGGGAGGGGCACUCUGUGUCAGGGCCAUAAGAUGCAGGUUUUUUGGACCAUUUUGUACAAUGAUGUGAAUAUUCCUGUUGUUACAACACAAUGACCACAGCAAGUGAUCAUUGCUGAAGCUGCCAAAGGAUGGUGAGGCCACUCGCACACAUUCUUUUAGCAGCACUGUGCACUCAAACGCAAACUCAGGAGAUGUGUGUGUGUGUGUCACAAAGAAAGUCAAGAAGCUCAUAUAUUGUCUUGUUGUCAUGAGGCGACCAUCACUUCGAUUAAAGCCAUGGACUGCAGACCACACGAUGCUGGGACCCUAGAGUUUCUACUUCAGGCUGGUAAACAAGGUACAAAUGUGCAUGUGGAAUUCAGACACAUUUCACUGUGCCUCUUUUCCAGUUUAUGACCAAAUAUUCAUGGCAUGAUAGAAAAGUAGUUGUUGGUGGCCUCCCAAGAGCUGAAAGAACCUCCCAUGCAUGUGCAGUUGUGUGGAUUUUCUCCCUGGCUGAGCUUAGCUACAUACUGAGAGAACAUGUCCACUGGCUUGGAAACGUGGCAAGCAGGUCAACAGUCAAGUUGGCAGCCGGCAGAAAACCUCUCACACUUCUGGGGAGGUCUGGUGGUUUGGAAGGUGUGUGUGUGGGGGGGGGACUACAACAACUUUACAGCUGAAUGAUCAACAAAAAGUUACAUUAGAGGGAAAAAGUUCAGUAUGUGGUAAACAUUUUCCUACUCAAAGGUGUAUGCCAUUUGUUUACCUCACAACCCGCACUCCUUCAUAGAGAAUUAACAAUAAAAUGUGAUUUUCCUGGUUUAUUUUACUUGUAGUUUAGCGAGUUAAGGCCUCCACGUUGAACAAAAAGUGUGAAAGGACUACACAAACUGAAAAAACUGCGAGUUUGUUGACUUAUUUGCGACAAUGAGGACUCAUCUGAAAGCCAAUUUUAAUGAACUCCUCCACUACACUACACUAGCGUGCCAUCUGGUGGAAUAUAACAGUACGGACGGUGUUUACUACAAUUGACUUGACAAAACAACAUAUUUCAUCGUUUGAUACAAGAAGAGAAUAUUUCCAUAAAGCCCCACUCGAGUACCUUUGCAGUAUAUUAACGACAAUUU